ACACGUAUACAAAAAAAAUUAGAUUUUAAUUUUUUUAGAUUUUAGAUUAAAGAGAAUGAUUAAUUUGGGAGGAAAGGGGGUAUUUAAAUCUCUCAAAUACUCUCGUAUAAAUAAUCAAAUAAACGAGAGCCAAGCAAUGACAGGGAGAGAGAAAGAAUUCACGAAUUCGCCGGCGGAUCUCGGAGCUGUGGCAUCCGGCGGUCUUGUCGGCAAAACCCUUAAAGUUCUGACCUAAACUUUCGGAGGCUCCAGCUUUUUGCGGGUUUCCGGGAGAACAUGGGAAUUCUUUUGGACGACGUCGUCCUUAUCGAGCACGGGAAAAAUUCCGGCGACCCGACCGUCGUGACGGUGAACUGCCCCGACAAAGCUGGGCUCGGAUGCGACCUCUGUCGAAUAAUCCUAGAAUUCGGUCUCUAUAUUACCCGUGGAGAUAUAUCUACUGAUGGAAAGUGGUGCUACAUAGUAUUGUGGGUUGUUCCGCGCCCAAUCUCAUUAAAAAUUGAUUGGGAAAGUUUGAAAACCCGGCUUGUUUCUGUCUGCCCCUCUUGUAUGAUUUCCUUUUUCAUUGAACCGCAGUCAAGUAGCUCUCAGCAUCAUCCCAUUUAUCUUCUGAAAGUGUUCUGUUUGGACAGGAAAGGACUAUUACACGAUGUUACCAAAGUCCUUUGUGAGCUUGAGCUAUUAAUACAAAGAUUAAAAGUUAUGACAACUCCUGAUGGGAAAGUCUUGGAUCUCUUCUUCAUAACGGAUGCAAUGGACUUGUUACAUACAAAGGAGAGGCAGGACAUCACAUGUGAACAUGUAAGCAGUAUUUUAGGGGAAUACUGCAUAAGCUGUGAGCUCGAGUUGGCGGGACCCGAGUACGAGGGCCAGCAAGCUUUCACUUCCCUUUCUCAAUCAGUUGCAGAGAAAUUAUUUAGUUGCGAAUUGUCUGAGAAGGAAUCCUUAGAAACAACAAAGGCGAAGAAGAAUGCCAUUGUUGCAGUGGACAAUCUUCUCAGCCCGGCCCACACGUUGCUUAAAAUACAGUGCAUUGAUCAAAAGGGCCUCAUCUAUGACAUUUUGAGGACUUCAAAGGACUGCGAAAUUCGGAUUGCCUAUGGAAGAAUCUCAUCUACUGUCAAGCGCUACCGGACUAUGGAACUGUUCGUACAAACAACCGACGGGAAAAAGAUCAUCGAUAGUGAGAGACGGGAAGCUUUGUGUCGUCGCUUGAGGGAAGAGAUGCUACAUCCGUUACGGGUCAUCAUUGCCAGCCGUGGCCCCGAUACAGAAUUAUUGGUAGCAAAUCCCGUUGAAUUGUCCGGAAAAGGGAGGCCUCGUGUCUUCCACGAUGUCACUGUUGCUUUGAAAAGUCUCGAGAUUUGCGUGUUCUCGGCGGAGAUAGGAAGACAUUCAACAUCAGAAAGGGAGUGGGAAGUGUACAGAUUCCUUUUGGACGAUAGCCCCAACUUCCCAUUAGCUAGCAAACGAGCACGAAACGACAUUGUAGAUGGCGUCAAAAGAACACUGAUGGGCUGGUGAGAAACAAUCCGAACUUGAAUGCCCAAAGGGUUGGUUUCUACUCAAACCCGUGCUGGUUAACCAAACCAAGCAAAACAUGGUAUGGUUUAGGGCUUGUUCUCCUCAACUUAUCUUUUUGGUUCUGAUCUGGUUGUAGUUAUAUAUAAAGCUAUUUCUAAUCUGAUCUGAUUCCAAUACGAAUAAUAAAUGAGUGAAAAGAAUCAGUUGAAGAGAACAAGCUCUUAGUUUCUCCAUGUUACCCUUGUAGAAUGUGAUGUAUUGUUAUAUUUGUCUAUGAAGAUGAGCUUCUAAAAAUGUUUCUUGAUCCGAUGUCGAUCGUCUCCUUUCUUGUGUGUUGUAAUUCUGUUCUGUGUACAUUAUUCUUUUUUUUGGUACAUAAUUGAAACAUGUAAGCUUUUGGUUUCUGUUGUUUAAAUUGUAUUCCACCUUUUCCUUUGCAUAUGUACUAUG